UUGGAUAAAUCCAAAAAAAUACAAAAAUAUUUGGUUUUAUUUGGGUUGAACUUGUAAAAAUCUUCAUAGGGGAAUAGUAAUAUUUUGUAGUUUAUACUUUCUAUCUUUGUUUGUUGCUUGGAACCGGCGCUGGCAUACCUAACGUAUCACACACUACACUGACAUAAAAUGGCCACACUCUAAAUUUUCAUUUUUUUUUUAGGUUUAACAUAUUACUUUAUUAAUUAUUUUGGUUUAAUUUCUUCAUUUUGAGUUUAAAUUAUGAUGACUAAUACAUUUAUCUUUUUAUUAAUUUCUUUUUUUAGGUUACAAAGAUUUAUAACGAUGUUUUUGUUUUUAUUUAUAAUAUGGCUUUAACUAUAAGGACGGUAAAUUUUCAUAAAUAUUGAUUAAACAAGGAAAUUCAACAAAUAAAAAAUAAUAAUCAUCUAUCGGUUCGCUUUGGCUGUUUUGCUUAGCUAUGAUUAAUAAUAAUUUAAAUUAAGAAAUAACUGGUUUUAUCUAAUUAAGUGUGGUUCAGUGUUUUAUUUAUUUUUUGCUUGGAGAGAAGAAACGGUCAUUUCAUUCUAAUAGAAAGGAAAAAUAAAAAUUGUUAAUGGCGAUGGAGGAGAAGCUCCUCCUUUUACUAUCGUCUUCAUCUAUCUCAUUCUUGUUCUUCUUCAGUUGGUUUUGAAAUUGAGAUUAUUUUUAUCUGGUGAUGAUAAACAAGAAAGGUUGAAAUAAGAGUUAUUGUGUAAAGUGUAAAAAAGUUAAUGUCUUGUGGUGGAGGAGAAGAGAAGCAAUGGAGUUGUGGAAAGCCAGGAGCAGUAAAUUUGCAAAGAGUUGGUUCAAUUGUUCGCGAUAUUGGAGAGCCUUGUUUAGCUCAAUCCCCCAUAAAGGUAAGCAGAAUGCUUAAACCAGAUAAGUGGCAAGCAACUUUUGAUAGCGACGGGAAGGUUUCUGGUUUCCAAAAAGCACUCAAGUCAAUUGUUUUAGGGGGUGUGGAUCCAGCUAUUAGGUCAGAAGUUUGGGAAUUUCUACUUGGUUGUUAUGCCCUGGGCAGCACUGCUGAGUAUCGCACGCAGCUGAGGACAGCCCGCAGGGAGCGUUACAAGGACCUGAUCCAGCAAUGUCAAAUGAUGCAUUCAAGUGUAGGAACUGGUGCCCUUGCAUAUGUUGUGGGAUCCAAAGUUAUGGACAUGAGAACAUCAUCCAAGGAUGACAGCAAACAGGAAGCUAAAGUCGAGAGCAGACAAGCUUCUACUGACACUACUAAUAAAUUAGAGAAAUAUGGUGAUCAGAAUAAUAACUGUACAGAAACAUUGCAUGCAUGUGAAAGAGAGAGUUCUAGUGAUUCUGGGGAGCUUGCCAGUGUGAGGGGAAGUACAGACAGUGCAGCAUAUGACUCAUCAUGUCUUUUGCAUACCUCUGGCCUGUACAAUAGCGGUUCCCCUGAAAGAGGGGUUGAAGCUCAUGGAUCACAGUAUGUAGCGGGGAGUUAUUUUGAUUUUCCUUCUUUACCCGUCACAGAUUUGUUUGAUCGGGAAAGAGAAGAUACGGAAGAAUAUAGUGUGCAUGAAAUUGAACCUUCAACACGACAAAAAUUGAGAUUUCAAGAUGACAGAAUGCACAGUUUUCAAAUUAGUAACAAUGUAGAUUUAAUUAUUGAAUCCAAUGGUUCACCAUCUAACAAUGUUUCUCAUGAGAACAACUCUGAAAUUGAAAUAGUUCACGAUCAUCAUGAUCAUGAACAUGCACAGUCUACUAAUCAGGACUACAAAAAAGAGAUAGUGAACAGAUUGAGAAUAUCAGAUGCCCCAGAAACACCAUUGUUAAAGAUAACAUCUCAGGGAGGGACUACUGGAGAAGACAGAGUAACUGAAUGGCUUUGGACUUUGCACCGAAUAGUUGUUGAUGUGGUGCGAACAGAUAGUCAUCUUGAAUUCUACGAGGAUAAGAAGAAUUUAGCUAGAAUGUCUGAUAUCCUUGCUGUCUAUGCAUGGGUUGAUCCUGCCACUGGUUACUGUCAAGGUAUGAGUGAUUUGCUAUCUCCUUUUGUUGUUCUCUAUGAGGAUAAUGCUGAUGCCUUUUGGUGCUUUGAAAUGCUUCUAAGGCGAAUGCGUGAAAAUUUUCAGAUGGAAGGACCAACUGGAGUGAUGAAGCAGUUGCAAGCAUUGUGGCAUAUCCUGGAACUCACAGAUAGAGAAAUGUUUACACAUCUGUCACGUAUAGGUGCUGAAAGCCUACAUUUUGCAUUCCGAAUGCUGAUGGUUCUUUUUCGUCGAGAGUUAUCUUUUGAUGAGGCUCUUCAGAUGUGGGAGAUGAUGUGGGCUGCUGAUUUUGAUGAAACCCUGGCCUAUAAUUUAGAGGAGAACUGCCUGGAGGCACUGGUACUACCUCUUCCAAGGGAUUCUGGAGGGGAAAUGAGAGAAGAAACCACAGAAAAUGGUAAUGGCAGUUCAAAUGAUGGUUCACUAUCAAAGCAUGGAAAUGUUGAGCACCCUGCGUCUGAGAAUGUGGCAAUGAAGUCAGCAUCUGCUUAUCCUUUUUGUGGGUUGACAAGGAGUUUUUGGUCAAGAAGUGAGCCCAUACAGAUUAGCUCUGUAGUCUCAUCAACUAAGAAUGGGGAUGAUGAAUUACCUGUCUUCUGUGUGGCAGCAAUUCUUAUCAUGAACCGUCAGAAAAUCAUCAGAGAAACUCGCUCGAUUGAUGAUAUGAUAAAGAUUUUCAAUGAUAAGCUGCUAAAGAUCCAUGUUAAAAGAUGCAUACGCUCAGCGAUCAAGCUUCGAAAGAAGUAUUUUUACAAGCUGAUAAAAAACAAAAGUUCUCCAUCUCAGAAUGGUGAAUAGGUUGCACCAUUUCUUGUAUACUCCGACUAAUGGAAGCACCGUAACCAUAACUAUGGCUGUGAUGCAAAGUUUGAGCAUCACUGGCGAAAUUAUGUGGAUCUGUCACAAUGAAGUUGUGCUGAUGCUGCCAGUCAAAGUCUUAGUUCAGUUCUUUGUACUUUCAUUCUCUCCUUCAUAAAAUUUUAAAGUGUUUUCUCCUUUUCCCUCGCCUCCAUUUGAAGCCAGUGGAAGGAUCUAAAAGUGCAAACAGGUUCUUUUUUGGUGCAUCUCAUUUAGAAAGGUUAGGCAAAUACACAUUUGUAUUUUCUUUUUCCUUCACAAUUUCUUAUACCAUACAUUUAGAGAGCAAAUCAUGUAAUGACAAUUUUGAUACUUGUCCUUUUGUUUAUACGAAAUUGAAAUGAGAAAUUUAAUUUGCCGGAGAAAA